CUUGAAUUUCUUGGAUUUUUGGUUGGCGAUGUUUUAAUUCGAUUCGCUUGUCGCAGAAAAGCAGUUUACAAUUUUUUGCAUUGUGAUUCCAUCUAUACAUCUCUUCAAAGACUGCCAGUUGUAGAAUAUGUCUCAAAACUAUGAUGUUUUUGACAAUCUUAAUAGUUACCUCAACAACAACGAAGACUGCGACAUUCCCGACGAUCUCGGUGAUUCCAAUAUUGAAGAAAGCUUCCUAGACCAGCAGCCAGAACCAGCACCCGUCGUUAGAAAAAAACGUACUGCCGUGCUAACAAACUCGCAGGAAAGCCUUAAAUCGAAUUCUCCCCAGAAGAGGAAACCUUCAACCAAGCGAGAAGUGGAAAUCUCUUCAGUAGAUUCUAGUAGUGAAAGCCCCUGCUUGAUUCCUUCGACUUCGUCUCUAGAAACUGCACGUUCGUCUUCGCCAGCACCGGUGGAAGUGUCAGAACCAAUCCACUUAAAUGAUGAUUUAGAUCAACAGAUAAGCGAAGUUCAACGUCAGUACGAUCUUCUCUUUAGCAAAGGCAAUAACUUUGACGCAUCAGAGAAACGCUACUUUGCUGGUCUUAAAAAGCAGUUCCAGACAUUGAUGAAACAGCGAAAUGCUGUCAAGCGAAGAACACGGCAAAAUCGCGCAUCUACAUUCCUGAAUGAUUUACUUGCGUUGAAGGAGCUAUUCUACGAUAUAUGCGUUAACAGAAAUUUGUUAGCUCCGAUUCAAAGCUGUCCUGCCCCCGCAGACAACAGAACGCGUCGUCGAAGAAACAGACAACAAGCACCAGAAGUAAUUAAUUUAGUGGACAGUCCGGCACUGGUUCUUCCUGGAGUGGUUAACUUAGAUUCUGACGAAGAGGAUGUUCCGACGGCAGUUGCCAAUCAUUCGUUUGAUUCGGAUAAUUAUGACAUAUCCAUCAAAAUUAAAUGGCAAGGAAGCAUCGAACGUCAUACGCUUCGAAAGCACCAAAAAUUUGCUGAUUUGAUAGCCCAGCUUGCGAAGGAUGUGAACGCCGAUCCGUGUCGUGUGAUAUUGAAUUUAGAUGAGCAGAUAAUUGAUCCUAACGACACACCCGACUCAAUUGGAUACCGUAUUACGCAGUUCAUAACUGGUCGUGUUGUUGAGAAAAAGGUGCUAGAUAUGUUUGCCGGAAAGCGAUCUAAUUCUGCUAAAGGACAGAGGAAGCCUUCCGCUAGUACAAAUACCAUUACUCUAAAGGUGCAAUCGGACCGUUGGAAAACUCCGCUGCAAAUAGCUGUGGGUGCAGAACAGACAAUGAAGAUCGUGCUGAUCAAGUGUGCCGAGGAGCUGAAGUGUGCCGCUGGUGAGAUCAAGCUGAGCUUCGAUGGUGAAGCAGUGGAACUAGAAUCUACGCCGUCGCAGCUGGGCUUGGAGGAUGGCGAGAUACUGGAUUUGCGAUUUGUUAAAGCGUAACUUUGCUUGCUCUUGUACAGCGUACAUUUUAUUUAUACACCGAUUGGGUUCCCGUCUACCGUAUUGUGUAUUUAUAUAGAACAGGUUUGAAUAAAAAUUUUAUUAUGGUUUCGAAUGUCGAGAAAAAAUUCUACAGUUUUGUUGUUAU